AUGAAGCCAGGUAGCCCCCUUCUGAGGUCCACUGGAUGUCAGAGGAGCUGGAGAUGGUUCUUUUCAGCUGGGCUUCUCAUUCUGGAAGUAUUUGCUCUGAGAAAGACACAGGCAGCCCACCACAGGCAUAUGAUUCAGUUGACCGCAGUGGGUACAGGCUACUCUGUCUUGGAACUAAGUGCAAUUAGCCUCAUAGAUGAUGUUGAAGUGGUGUUUUAUAACAAAGCACAGAAGCAAAUUGCUAUCAAGAUACCCUGGGUCUCCAAACUAGUGGGAAUUAAUUAUCUCACACAGCUACAUGAUUUAUUGGUGAGCCAUGAGCAACAUUUCCACUGGACAUUCCAAUUCUUACUACUACGGAAUAACACUAACCCAGACAGAAACCACACAGCCCAGCUCCUGGGAGAAUGUGAAGUGGACAAUGACAUCACAGUAAAGAGUCAUGCCCAUUUAAUUUGGGGUGGGAAGGAAAGUUACCGGAUAGAUGAAGAGGUUGGGCAUUGGGAGAACAUAGAUCCUGAUGUCAAACGAUACCAACAUGUUCUGGAGAGACCUUUAUGGACCAAUCUAAGGAAACGCUACAUGAAGCUAUUUUGUGUUGACAUAAUGAGGAAAAUCGUUGAAUAUUCAAGCAUAAGGGAUAAUGUGGCCCCAGAGGUGGUUGUAUCUCAACAUGUCAGCCCAGAAGGCAGCAUCAUUCUCUCCUGCAUUGCCACAGGUUUCUACCCUCGCUCCAUCAUCAUGCACUGGGAAAAGAAUGGGAAGCUGGGGAUAUGGGGAAAUGAGAGUUCCAGUGGCACCCUGCCCAAUAUGGAUUCCACCUUCUACCUCAAAGUUACCUUAGAACUCCCACCAGAGGACUCAGGUGCAGGUUAUACCUGCGUAAUAGAACAUAGUGAGCUGAAGAGUCCUGCUAUGUAUUCAGUCCCUAGAAAAACCACUAAAAACAAGCCUUGGAUUCUUGCACUGGGCAUCAUGUUAGCUGUCAUGAUACUGCUGAGCUGUGCUGGGGUAUUCAUCAAAUGGAAGAUGAGGAAGACAGGUAUGCAUGUAAGAAGAGAGAAGUGA